GGAAGCCUAUUGGCUGUUUCCCUGUCCCCUCCAUUGUUGGGUGAGCUCCUGCCAUAACAUUCUACUCCUUGCCUGGAUAUGGUCCAGCUACAGUGUGAGUAUAAGAACAAGAGACAUUUGUAUGAUCUUAGAGAGUUCUGCCUGUGAAGCUGUUACGAAGUGGUGAGGAGCAAUACUUUUCUUUUAGCUUUCUGGAUUCAGUUGUCACUUGGGAGCCAACUCAGACACUGGAUCUUAACACGUGCCUCUUAUAGGAUCCCAGACGUGAUCUCCAGAAGAUACUGUGUACAAACCUUCCUGGCUGUGAGGAACUAUGGGUGAGAGUUCAGAUGAAGUGGGAAUGGGCUUGGAAGCCGUAAUUGUAGCUUAGGACAGUUACUUUAUGUGUUUUAAAGUUGUCUCUGACAUGGUCUUCCCUUGUUGACACAAGUUCAGCUAACACUUCAGGGAUCUGCCUCCUGCCACUGGCGCUGAGCAAUGACCAAAGCAUGCUAGAUAAUAAUUAGUCUUGGAACGAUUAGCAUCCCAUGUACUCGGGUUUAAAAGGACUUAUGUAACUGGUGUUCUACUUUUUCCUAGAAUCUUUGCCUCUAAGGACUCGGUAUUGCAAAGCGAAGAAGAAAAGGAAUCCAAGAUCUAAUGGUACAUCGCAAUAUUUAAUUAGUACCCCUAGCCAACUGAUAAACACAUAUUCCAUGCCCUGAAAUCCUACAGGAGCACACCCAAACGCUUCCAGGGGCCUUUUGCCACAUAAUUGUUGACCAUUUGGGCCUGAAUUUCAAGAGGACACAUUAGUUAGCGGCAGGGGGUUGGUGUGUGGCCGGUGAUGGGGCUUGGCCCUGUGACAACUUGGAUGGCUUGCCACUGAUUUAGAAAGACCAGCAACCCGUGCUCUGAAGAGAGAGCGGGUGGGAGAACAGAGCUCUCUUCAGAACACUAAUGAGAAUAAGAUGAAACCACUUCAAAAAGAAACCCAGUCAGUGGCGGAGAAGGGUGGCUGUCCAUGUGGCUGACUGAUGGUUGACAUCUCCACAGGGUCAUGCCUCGUAUCUAGAGCAGACUGACAGGGAUCAGUGGGGGGAUCCCUUUGAGUGUCCAGGCAGCUGUCACCAGAACCUGCGUGCAAACACAAAUGUGCUUUUGUUUAGUUGUCCAGGUUUCUCAACGUUUCGAUCUGAGGCUCCUUGAGGCUAGGCUGGUCGCAGAAGACGUAGAUUUUUGUGUAUGUUGGAUGUGAGACAGACUCUUUCCUUUCCCUUCAAGCUACCCAUUGGAAUAAUUUAUUUACCAUCUUUACCCCAAGUUCCACCACGAACUGAUGAAGGAGUGACUGCAGAGGCAUUGCCUGCAGUGAACCAUUCCGCUCGAAGGACACAGGUCCACAGGUGGGGGCUCGUGGUCUGUAGAUCCCGGCUCCGUGACCACUGGGUCCAGCGACUGUCUCUAGACUGCCUUCUUUCCCUCAGAAUGGGAGUCGUCACUUUAGGGAAGAGAAGAGAAGAAGAAGAAGAAGAAGAAGAAGAAGAAGAAGAAGAAGAAGAAGAAGAAGAAGAAGAAGAAGAAGAAGAAGAAGAAGAAGAAAGGAAGCACGUGCCUUAAAGGGUAGAGAAGAGAGCCCAUGAGAGUAGAGAACUGACCUGAAACAGGAUGGAUGGAGCAGGAGUUUGGCAAACAGGAAGCUCUGUAUAUACACAUGCCAUCAUCAUUUUGGAAACUGAAUUACUUUUCUAAUUAUAAAAUUGAUGUACAUAAAAUCAUUUUGAAAAGAAAAUUUUGGAAAAUGUGUCA